UCGAAAAUUCCCAAUUUUAGCGUGACGUAAUUAAUGGAUGCUCCCUAAAAAAACGUUUGGAAGAAAGCUUAGUGCAAGAAAAAACGGAAUUUCUAAUAGAAAUUCAACGUGCACCGAAAUAGCUUCGUAUCACGAGUUGAAAUAUGCUGGAAAAUGGACGGGAGCCUCGGCGGACAAACAUGAGGUGAUUGAAAGAUGGAUGCAGCAGCACAUCAAUCAGUACCUGGACGGUGCGGAGAACGUGGAUGCGGGAACCAAUACAACGCAGGAAACGACAACGUCAAGGACGGAUAUGAAACAACUCCAAUGUAGAGGACGGGGAUGUCAUCUACCAGCUCAAAAAUAACAACGCAGGUGGUAAGGAUGGUAUCGUAGCUGAACUUAACAAGACAGGCAAAGAAAAGUUGGCCCAUGCGCCUACUUCCGUUGUCGCACAAAGAUACGCGCGUAAGAAGGUAUGGAAAAUAACGAAAAUCCAGAUGAGCUUUUCCGAUAGCGUUCCGCUACCAGCCCUGCACAAGUUUCACUAUAUUCAUUCAUUAAAAUUCGGCGUGCUGCCAUGCCGGUCAGCAAUCACGUGCUUUCAGAGCGUCGAACUUCCCGAUAAAUCAAAUCGCUGGGUGACAUUUCCAAUAUGCAAAGCUUCUGUUCUAAGGCGCGCAAAUGUAACGCAGAAGCGAUUAACGAGACACUACAGGUAAUUAAUGAUACCUGCGUGUAGAUAGAGAUACUACCGCUUAGAACUGAGAUGUUCGUUGUGAAAUCGUUGAGAGCAGUAUAAAAGAAAUUACUUAUCGUUGGGGUGUGUUGAUUAAAUCGGGUGCAGGAUAACUGCACAGUUCAAAUCUACGUGCGUCGUGAUAAUGUUAAAAUAUUACAUUAUAAUUCUCUGCAUUUUUCAAGCAACAGGGGUUCAAUACCAUGGAUUCGGACCAGGUCAGCAGGAUUGGGGCUUUGUCGAAGUACGACAGGGAGCUCAUAUGUUCUGGUGGUUGCUCUACGUUGCUGAGCUGAGCGUUGACCACUAUUCUGAACGGCCGAUUGUAAUUUGGCUGCAAGGUGGACCUGGUGGAUCUUCAACCGGUUAUGGAAACUUUGAAGAAAUCGGACCUGUGGAUCUGGACUUGCACGAAAGACCGCAUACAUGGGUCAAGAACUGCAACGUUUUGUUCAUCGACAAUCCGGUUGGAACUGGUUUCAGCUAUGUGGACGAUCCAUCAUUGCUAUCAAGCAAUAACGAACAGAUUGCUCAAGAUUUGGUGACCUUGAUGAAGCAGUUUUACGACGUCUUCCCAGAGUUUAGGGAAACACCCUUGCACAUUUUCUCGGAAAGCUACGGCGGGAAAAUGGCGGUCCAAUUCGCAUAUCAACUUGAUCGAGCUGUUAAAGAUCGUUCGAUAGUCAGUAACUUGCGAUCUGUUGCUUUAGGAGCCCCAUGGAUUUCUCCGGAAGAUUCGAUUAUGUCCUGGGGGGAAUUUCUCCUAAACCUUGGGUUCGUGGACACCAAAGGCCACGCGGUGAUUCAAAAAGCUGCAGAAAGCAUUCAAACACUAAUCCGCAACAACCAAACCAAAGCAGCAACUGAUAUUUGGAAAAAUAUGCAGCAAGUAGUGACGAAAGAGGCCAUUGGGAUCGAUUGUUACAAUGUAUUGACUCCUCAGAAGUUCGCAAGUGCAUCGCUCGUCAAAGAAGUUGAUGAAGUUUUACAAUACGGUGUAGAUGACCUUCAUAUUGUGCAUGCAACGGAUAAUUUGCACAAGUUAGAUCAACUGAUGCGAGGCCCCGUUGGCACUGCAUUAGGUAUUUCAAGCCAUGUGCUAUGGGGCUCUCAAAAGGAUAUGGUUUUCGACGCUUUACACGAGGAUUUUAUGAAACCAACAACGAAAGUGGUAGAAAAGCUACUCAAUGACACGGAUCUCAACAUAAUUAUCUACACCGGACAGUUGGACCUGGUGGUGUCUACUCCCGGAACGGUUCGAUGGGUUGAAAAACUGAGGUGGCCUGGGCGCGAAGGUUACCUCAGUGCACCGCGAGAAGGAAUCGGCUACAAAGGAGUAUUGGAAGGCUACGAAAAAUGCUACGAUAAGCUAUCAAUGUACUGGAUAAAUAGGGCUGGACACAUGGCUCCUGUUGACAAUCAUCUAGCAGUGCAAUAUAUAUUGGAGAAACAUGUCCUAGUUUGAAAUGUGUGGUGUUUCUUUGCGAAAGAAAAUCAUGAUUAUGAACGUUAAGCCGUCAGAGAGCAAUUAUCAUAACAAUCAUCUAUUUUCGGCUAAAACAACAGGCAUAUCUGUUUGAUUAUACUAGAACUAACAAUCUCGCCGACAGUACAGAAAAAUCGAACGAGCAACCCUUUCGGGAGUCGCGAAAAACCUUUUUGAUUCAAGAUUAUCAACUGGUAUAUGCAUAUGUAGUGUUAAAAUCAUGGUAAAAACCGACCAAACCAAAAACCAUUUUCUAGCAACCAUUCCCUCGAAAGCUUUUAAUGACAUAUUUUGAGAAUAAGGUUGCAUUCCGGAAUGCUGAGAAAUGUUUAUCUGGAGAAUUGGAAUGGAUCAUUAUGAGAAACAAAAGCCUAGGGUUUGUUUUUUUUUUUGGGAAUAGUGGUCUGGCAUAGAACUCAAUAAAUAAUAAUGCCGUUUGGAAUCAAAAAAUAAAAAAUUAAAAAAAAAUCACCAAGGAUCAACAAAGGAGAAUUACAGCGUUUUUUAUCUUCCAACAGUCCCUAACCUUACAAUAUUCAAAAUAAUAAGAACAUGGAUGGAGUGGACACACAUUUGCGCAAAAAUAUGUACAUUUUUUUCAUAAUGUAUGAUAUUUAUCAAAAAGCUAUUAUUAGCACAGUGUAUAGUUAGCUUGUCGUUCCUGAGCACAUAACUAAAAACACACGAAUUUAAACAUCCCUAGUAAGAUGAAUAGAUACCCGCCCUCUAUUUAUAAAUAGCUUUAGUUUUGAUGAGGGUGUUUCCUGUACUCUUAGCAGCAAUCUUGCGGGUCAUGUAAGGCUAUUUCGGACAGAAGUAGGAUGUCAUCGAGUCAAUAGACUGCAAACUCAAUUGGGUAUGACGAACAGCUGUAUUUAUGUGACAACCAAAUGUGUAACCAAACAAGAAAAAGAUACAAGUAACUCACUUUGCUUGCUCUUCAGAACAAUUACCUGCAUUCACCACAGUAGGAAAAUUUUCAAUUUCCCUAACGCUGGUUGCAUUACACGUCAUCUGGAUGCAAACAAAACGAUGUGUAAACUCAGAAAAAAAAAUGAGAUCAUAAACACUACUGCUGUAGAUGGAGCCAUCAUCACCGUGCACUCUGGGAGAGAUCCUUAAACGGAAAGCUGCUUCGUUUGCAGUGUCGGUUCGGCAGUCGGAUUCUAGACAUCCUGCUACUAGCGUUCUGCUGCGCUGCGAUUGAACGGAACAAACUUUUGCACACUGACACAUUUUUUUCUUUAUUCCUAUCUAGAAUAAGUGAAUCUAAUCAGUGUUCGAAAUUUAUUCAGGUGAACAAUUGGAAAUAGAUUGCAGUGACAUAGAAAAUAAAAGAAUGUACUUUGAUGUUUUUAGAGCAGUACCGUUGAGAUAAAAACUGUUGCUUCAUGUAAUGUGCAAUAUAGGUGUAGAGAAAGAAUGGUAUCUUAUUGUACUAAAUUAUGUUAUUGGAUAAUCUGUUUGUUUAUAGGAGGAUGUAUUUGAACGUUCUCGUAAGACUACGGAAUUAAUAAACCCUUGACUACACACAUUUUCUCAUUAAUAUGUUUAUUAUUAUAUGGAUUGCGUGUAUAACACUGUGACACGCAUUAUGUGAGUGACAAAAGUAAUCAAACAGUAGUAAAUAAAAACCCAAAUAAUUUACAUGUAACGCAUUCUUGAUACAAUCUCACCUUGGGUUCACACUCCGUCAUCAUGUUUCGUGUCCUUGUUUGGUUUGCCUGCAUUACAGGAGGGAGGAGUCCUUUCAGAAACUGCUCUCCAGUCACUUUUUGCCAUUGAUCGAUUCACUGUUUUUAUCUUUGCUUGAAACUGUCUUCUGAACUGUUCUAUGUUUGGCUUUUCUGAGUUUAUCAUUAUCACCUUUAAAAGUGUCUUUGCUUGCUCGUCUGUUACUAUUGUUCAUUUUUCUUUGCUUCUGUUUUGGGUAUUUACUGGACUAUUAAACCACAAGAGUAUGAUAACGAGACUGAGAACUUUGUAGUGUUUUUGUUGUGUUUGAUUCUUCACUGUUCCACAAUUUCCAACGGUUCCGAACGUGCCGAUUUGAUCACCACACUAGGCGACGUUCCUUUUUUGGGGGGAGGCAAUCGAAUUACACAC